AUGUUGCAGUCUUUAUUAGAUAAAUUUUGGGACGAAGAUGUUUGGCUGCCCCCGAACACGACUUGGGUGGAUAUUGCUCCAGGACCUGAUAAGAGUGUGGUGUACAAUGAUCACAGACAUCUUCUAUAUCCCCUGCCGAUGGCUAUAGUACUUAUAGGUCUACGGCAUUUAUUAGAAAAAUACUGGUUCGCGCCAUUCGGAAAGUCACUAGGUAUUAAGAACACGAGACCAAAGAAAGCACCAAAUAACCCAAAGCUGGAGGCUGCCUACCACGCCUCCUCGAAAAUUAGACAUAAGCAGGUAUGCUCCCUCGCCAAACAAUUGGACAUGACGGAGCGGCAGGUGGAGCGCUGGUGGCGGCUGCGCCGCUCCCAGGACAAGCCCUCGACCCUGGUCAAGUUCUGCGAGAACGCGUGGCGUUGCGUCUUCUACCUGUACAACUUCUCCUACGGUCUAUUCGUGCUGUGGGAUAAGGAGUGGCUGUGGGACAUCGACCAGUGCUACAUCGGCUACCCACAUCAGGGUUUAACAAACGACGUGUGGUGGUACUAUAUGAUCUCUUCAGCAUUCUACUGGUCGCUGACCAUAUCCCAAUUCUGGGACGUGAAACGCAAGGACUUCUGGCAGAUGUUCGUCCACCACAUAGCGACCAUCGCCCUACUCUCGCUGAGUUGGGUGUGCAACCUUCACAGGAUCGGCACUCUGGUGCUGCUCAUACACGACUGUGCCGAUAUACUGUUGGACGCGGCGAAGGCAACCAAGUACGCCAACUACCAGAAGCUUUGCGACACUCUCUUCGCGAUAUUCACCGUUCUCUGGAUCGUGACCAGGCUGGGCAUAUUCCCGUUCUACAUCAUAUGGAGCUCGUCGGUCCGCGCGCCAAUGCUGCUGCCGAUGUUCGCCGCCUACUACAUCUUCAACUCGCUCCUCUGCCUGCUCCUGGUGCUGCACAUGGUGUGGACCUGGCUGAUCCUGCAGGUGGCCUACAAGGCCAUCACGGCGGGACAGCUCGACGGCGACAUAAGAAGCUCCAGCUCCGAGAUCAGCGACAGCUCGCACCAGUCGAAUCACAGCACGCCCAAUCGCCUCAACCAUAAAAAGGAGACA